AUGCCAAAAUCUGCAUCGUUCGGAAGAUAUAAAUGCUCCGAGAGUCGUCGUAUUGUCCAUUUCCAGAGUCACAUUUUAGCAAAGAAGAUUUUCUCAAAAUUGUUUCCUUUUGUUAUUUGCUUUGAAUUUUGCACCGAUAUGAAUUCAACCGAUAUUCGUAUAAUUUUCUUAUAUGAGUAUGAACUUGGUAAUAAUGAAGCAAAAGCUGCACGUAAUAUAAAUCAGGCGUUUGGGGAGAAUACUGUGAACGAUCGAAAAGUGCAGCGUUGGUUUGAAAAAUUUCGGUCUGGUGAUUUUUCCCUGCUAAAUGAACCGCAUGGAAGACCCGAAACGUCUGUGAAAAAUGAUGCUCUGAAAGCAUUGGUGGAAACGAAUCCAACUGUUUCUUCAAGGGAACUUGCUGCCAGAAUGGAAGUUGACCAUACAACAAUAUUGCGACAUCUUUCUGAAAUUGGCAAGGUGAAAAAAAUGGAUAAGUGGAUACCGCACGAACUAACCGAGAAAAGGUGUGCUCGGUGGUUUGAUAGGGAUGAGGCUUGUGCUCAUACUCCAAGGCCAUCACUUCAUCCACGGAAAAUUUUAAUCACAGUUUGGUGGAAUGUGACUGGAGUAAUACACUAUUCAUUCCUUCGAACUGGAAUGACAAUUACAGCCGAAAAGUAUUGCCAGUACAUUGAAGAAAUGCAUGAAAAAUUGAAAAUUAUACGCCCAUCAUUUCACCCACCUUAUUCACCGGAUCAUUCGCCAACCGACUUUCAUUUAUUUAAACAUUUAGAACUGUUUUUACGGGCUAAACAGUACGAAAAUGAAGACAGUUUGAAAAAUGCCAUAUCAGAGUUCAUUGAUUCUAAAGUUCAGAAUUUCUUCAAGACAGACAUCUAUGCAUUAAAAUCUCGUUGA